UUGACAGUCUUAGCUUAUGUCAGGCUGAAGAGAGUCUGAACUAAUAGGCCUAAAAGAGGCCUAACACAUCACAAAUUUCAAGAGAAAUAAAUUAAUGUUUUUCUGAAAUAAUAUUACAUUGGAGACAACUGAAUAACAUACAGAGAGACUAUACAAGACAAGACUAUUUCAGGUCUGUGGAAGAGGAUGGAAACCAGUGUAUGUCUAUAUUCGCCCAAUUUGCUUCUCGUAGAUGAGUGUGGUGACACUGAGUUGAUCUGUGCGGCUAGAAAAGGUGAUGUGUCAUCAUGUCGGGAUCUACUGGAAGCUGGAGCAGAUGUAAAUGCCUCCAAUCAGUACAACAGCCAGACCGCACUUCUUGUUGCCAUUGAUAACCACCACGUUCAUGUGGUCGAGGUUUUGUUAGCCUAUGAUGCAGAUGUGCAAAUGGUUGACAAUGUUGGCAUAACUCCAAUAUAUUCUGCCAUUAGAAUCAAGGAUAAUGUGGUUCGAAAUCAGAUGGUAACACUGCUUAUUUCUGCUGGAUGUGAUGUCAAUGUUGGCAGCCAAGACCAUGCUCCACUGUUUCUGGCUGCAAGACUGGGAGCCUUGUCUGUUGUUCAGAUGCUGUGUAAAGCCAGCUGUGACAUAAAUGUUUCCAACAAGUAUGGUGUGACACCCAUAUAUGAGGCUGUGUUAAAUGGUCACAAUUUGGUGCUUGACUUCUUGUUGUCACAGGGUGGCUGUAUAAACAAGCAAGAUAUGUAUGGUGUUAGUGCCCUGCAUGUGGCGGCCAUGUUUGAUAAAAGGGAGGCAGUGGAGUUACUUCUCAAAGCUGGAGCUUGUGUAAAGUUACGUGAUCACGAUGGUCGGUGUGCGGUACAUGUUGCAGUAGAGCAGGGAAAAUCACAGGUGGUGGAAAUAUUUCUGAAACAUGGAGUUGACAUUACUUGCGCUCCAACCAGUAUCAUCAAACUGCCAUGUUUGAGGAGAGCGGCACAAAAUGGGUAUGCAGAUACAAUCCGUGUCCUAAUUCGUGGCUGUUCUCGUCUGCCAGUGGAAGAAAUUAUGGAAAUAUUUAGUGCUGGAAUGAAGUCACAGACUGAACCUUUUCGUGUCUGUGCUGGAAUGAAGUCACGGACUGAGCCUUUUCGUGUCAGUGCUGGAAUGAAGUCACAGACUGAGCCUUUUCGUGUCAGUGCUGGAAUGAAGUCACGGACAGCCUUUUCGUGUCAGUGCAGGAAUGAAGCCAUUGACUGAGCCUUUUCGUGUCUGUGCUGGAAUGAAGUCACGGACAGCCUUUUCGUGUCUGUGCUGGAAUGAAGUCACAGACUAAGCCUUUUCGUGUCUGUGCUGGAAUGAAGUCACAGACUGAGCCUUUUCGUGUCUGUGCUGGAAUGAAGUCACAGACUGAGCCUUUUCGUGUCUGUGCUGGAAUGAAGUCAGACUGAGCCUUUUCGUGUCUGUGCUGGAAUGAAGUCACAGACUGAGCCUUUUCGUGUCAUUGCUGGAAUGAAGCCAUUGACUGAGCCUUUUCGUGUCAGUGCUGGAAUGAAGUCACGGACAGCCUUUUCGUGUCAGUGCUGGAAUGAAGUCACGGACUGAGCCUUUUCGUGUCAGUGCUGGAAUGAAGCCAUUGACUGAGCCUUUUCAUGUCAGUGCUGGAAUGAAGCCAUUGACUGAGCCUUUUCGUGUCAGUGCUGGAAUAAAGCCAUUGACUGAGCCUUUUCGUGUCAAUGCUGGAAUGAAGUCACGGACAGCCUUUUCGUGUCAGUGCUGGAAUGAAGUCACGGACUGAGCCUUUUCAUGUCAGUGCUGGAAUGAAGCCAUUGACUGAGCCUUUUCGUGUCAGUGCUGGAAUGAAGCCAUUGACUGAGCCUUUUCAUGUCAGUGCUGGAAUGAAGUCACGGACAGUCUUUUCGUGUCAGUGCUGGAAUGAAGUCACGGACUGAACCUUUUCGUGUCAGUGCUGGAAUGAAGCCAUUGACUGAGCCUUUUCAUGUCAGUACUGGAAUGAAGCCAUUGGCUGAGCCUUUUCGUGUCAGUGCUGGAAUGAAGUCACGGACUGAGCCUUUUCGUGUCAGUGCUGGAAUGAAGUCACAGACUGAGCCUUUUCGUGAUAUCAAACUAAAAGCAUUGGGCAGUGCACUGUCACAUCCACAACAUAACUAAAUUGAUUGCACACCGUCACCUACAAAAAAGUUCAUGAUUUAAUAUAAAAUAUUUUUACUCAAUGCUGUCCUUAAAAAUUAAUUAAUCAUAAUUGGUUAACCAAAACAUUGCUUACUUUACAAAUAUAGAGACUGCAUCUUGAUAGAUGCAUUUUGGGGUAUCAUGUGACCAAAUGUCAUCUGCUAACUUAAUUUUCUACAUUUUACAACUAUGAUCCAAUAUAUAAUAUAUAGU